AUGCUCGGCCAGAUAUUACAAGAGCUAGACCGUCGAUUACAACGAGCAGUCAUCAUCAUACCAAUUUGGCGGAAGGCCAUAUGUUGGCCGCACAUCGUCAGACACGGCCUCGACCUUACAGUCCUCGACGACGGGGUAGUACAUUACCCAGACAGCAUUGCUCAA